AUUAACAGUAGGGAAAAAGUUUUUACAUGAAAUUUUGAUCAAUUCUAGAAGCUUGAUUGUUAGCUAAAGAUAAUGUAGGAUUGUUAGUAGUUACUAACUGCUCAUAUAUGACAUGGGUAUUUCUUUACAAAUACGAAUUAAAUCUCUUUGGAAGAAACUGCUUUUAGACUUAAAAAUAAGGCUAUUUGAGGUAUGCCCUGACCUACUUUUUAAAUUACAAGGGGAAGCUACUGGCAUUGCCUCCUGGGUAUCCAGUAAGGAAGAAUCUAGCUCCAGAGCUCAGAAAAUUGAGUUAACAGGGCCAGGUUUCUCGGGGAUGGCGAGCAUUUUUAGGUCAACUUUGUCGGCAGACGACAUUCCCGCGCUGGUCUACAGGCUGUACCGUCUAAAGGUCAGGGUCAUCAAAGAACUGAGCAGCUAUGACGAUCAGAAUUUUCUGGUCGAGGAGGUCGAUGAAGGGGAGGAUUGUUCGGGAGGGAAAUGUCCGGAUCGUGUCCAGUUUGUGGUCAAAGUACUGAACUCACUCGAUUCACGGAAGCCAAGCGUGAUAGAGCAGCAGACCCGACUGAUUGAGUACGUGAGACAGGCUGGCUACCCCACCCCCGGGCCUUUGAUGAAUGGUGGCGGCCAGUACCAGCAGCUGGUUGAUCUGUCCACAACAAGGAGCAAACAUGAGACCUUCAUUGUCCGACUAUUUGAGUACAUCCCUGGUGUUACUCUAGCCCAAGUGAGACUCACCCUAAAGUUGUGUUACCAGCUCGGGGUCUAUGCUGGUUGGAUGGACCAGGUCCUGGCGACCUAUCCCAAUGUGGAUGAUGAGAGCCUGAAGCUGAUGGUUAGAAAAUGGAACAUGUCUGAGAUCCCGGCUCUGAGGCAACAGAUCCAGGCCGUGCCAUACCCAGAUCAGGUCGAGCUGACCUCUCUUAUCAUUGACCAGUUUGAGGGGCGGAUUUUAUCUUGUCAAGACAAGUUCUCUAAAGGACUGAUACACGGAGAUUUCAACGACUUCAACAUUGUUGUAGAUGGAACAGAUUUACUGCUCUGUUCAGAAAACGCGAUUACCUCCCCUGUUAGACCUAACACACAAGACACAACCAAUAUCAUUGGAGUCAUUGACUUCGGUGACGCCACUUUCUCUCUUUACAUAUUCGAAGUGGCCAUAGCGAUGACGUAUGUGAUGAUCAACCAGCACGGCAUUCCUCCACUGCAGGCCGCAGGUCAGGUGCUGGCAGGGUACCUGAGCAGGAUGACCUUGACACAGGUGGAGCUUGACCACCUGAAGCUGUGCAUCUGUUCCAGGUUUGUCCAGUCGCUGGUUAUGGGCUACUUCUCCUUCUCACAAGACCCUGGGAACGACUACAUUCUCACCCACGCUAAGAGAGUCUGGCCAAUGUUAAAGUCUUUAUGGGAAACUCCGGACUCUGAUUUUCUUGCGCAGAUCAAAAAUAGUCAUGAACAUUUAAAAUUUUGA